UUUAUCACUUAUGAUAACAAGUUUUAAAAGUUAAAAGGCUAUAAACGGAGUAAACCCGAAGGAAAGUUGUAAAAGUGCCGUAAAAGAAAACAUCUCGAUAAAAAUUCCUCCACUACAUUCCGCAAACUUUUAAAAAUUCAUUCCGGGUAUACUUUUCUGCCUGUAUAUUAGGUGUUUGGAGCGGACGUUUAAUUUCACUUGUAGUGGUCCAUCAAGGAAAUAUACAGCAUCUGUUUUCUACAUUUCCGCUGAUGUCGACUUGACGAGGCGCAUUGCAUGGAAUUGACAACUUGUAUGUGAUUCGAGCCUUGCAUUGCCUGGUAGACCCAUAAAAAGCAUAGGAAUCACAAACACUGUGGUCGUUGACAAUGGCCUUAGCAUUUAAAUCUUCUGUCAAUACGGCACCAGUCUCUCAGGAUUUCUCAUAAAUCCCAUUUUGACUGAUAAAACAUGAAAAAUUGGCCAGGAGACACUUCCGAAUUUUGAACAGAAAAGUGCUAUUUCUAAAAGCGACGGAUUUUUUCUUGUUAUAUUGAUAAAUGCAAUAGAUUGGAGUUUUAAGAAGAAAGCAGUGAUAAGAUUAUUGUAAUCCAUUUUGGCUAGCAAAAUAAAAAUGAGUGAGACAAUUUCUAAAGUUACAACGGAACAUAAUGUUGAACAGAAAGAGGAUAGUCCAACAAAAUCAGUAGUUGUUAAUGAAGAAGAAAACACGGAAAAUGUUACAGAAAAACAGGCCAACAUGGACCAGGGCUGGGCAGCCAAAUUGCUCAACCCGGACAAAGACAGGGAGAACCUUUCUCGUGUCUGCUGGAUGCUGCAUGACGUCGGCACCCACUCUCUCCGAUCCGUGUUCGACAGCAUCCAUCCCCCACUUAACCUGAAAGAUCACCUCUCCCAGCCGCACAUCCGCACAGUUCUCCAACGGCUUCACGAGCAAGGAGUCCUGGAUGAGAAGCAAUGGAAACUCCUGUACCCAACCAAGAAAAAGCACACCAACUCACAGCAGUACGACAGCCGGACGCUGGUCACCCUGCUGCAGACUAUUUGUCACCUGUGUCCUCCCUACCCAAACGGAUGGUCGGCUGCUCCCCUGUCGGCUGACAGCAGUCUUAGCGCUGACAUUGUUAGACUACAGCUUCUGUUCCAACAUGUCGCAGAAAUGAAAACUAUUUCCAUCGAAGAGUACACAUCUAUCUGGAAACAGAUAAGAGAGGUGCUUCUCCGACUUGGUGGACCUCCCAUAAGAGUGAGACUGCAUCGUAUUGAAAACGAGGUUCUGGAUGCAGAAAUGCAAACCCAUUACAUCAACAAAGUGAAUGAAAACUGGAGUUCCAAUCAUAAACGAAUAGUGUUUACACCAAAAUCUUCUAGUUCCAGAAACACCAAAGGGAAAACCAAGCGCAAAAACAAGGCAGAACAAGAAGGCAUCCCUCCUGAAGACAAAGCGGUUCUAAUGAAAACUUACAAACUCUUUGUGGACAACAUCCAAGCAGAAGAUAUCAUUGAUCGUCUGCAGCAGAAUCAGGUCAUCAAAUUCAGUGAUCGACAGGAAAUCUUUGCUCUUAACAAACGACAUGAGCGAAUGCAGCUUUUACUUGACAAGAUAUUGAAUUCCAAACUCUCCUACGCAUUCAAAGCUUUGACCGACUCCAUCAAGUUCAAAUACAAGAAAAUCCAUGAAAUCGUGGUACAGAUACGCAAAGAGACCUACAAACAUGGAAUCCGAGAAACAGUUGAUGUCGUUGGUGUAGUGUCAACUGCCCUGAUAAACUUCUACAAAAGCAACUACAGCAAAUGUUCUCCAUUCCCAUGGAACGAGAGCGUGACUUGCAACAUCCGAGACAUGUAUACACCUAUUGACAUCAUUGAUUCUGAAGGAAAACGGUUGCAUCUCAGCGACUUUCUUCCACCUGUGACAGCUAUGGGUAAAGGGCGGCGGAUUCUCAUGGAGGGGCCAAGUGGUAGUGGUAAAACCAUUCUAAGUCACAUGGUAGCCUACAUGUGGGCAACCCAAAGGAGUUACUUCAAAAACAAAUACGGAAUUCUUCUUCAUGUUGAUCUAAAGAGAAUAAACGGGAACUUCCAAGAACAGGUUCACCAUAACCUGCUACCAGACGAUUUCAAACUGAAUCCCUCCGAGUUUUUCUCUAUGCUUGAGGCAAACGCGAGUGAAGUGGUGAUGAUAGUGGAUGGAUACGAUGGCAAACCCAACCAGAAGGUCCUGGAGGAUAUUCUCUCUGGCUCCCAACUCCGACAAGCCAACGUCAUAGUCAUGAUGAAUCCGGAAAUUGUGUCUUCCCCAGGUUUCCUUCCCGAUUCAAGAAUGUUUUCAUUGGGAUAUAGCAUGAAUAAUGUCAGCAGGUGCAUGAAAACGUAUUUGUACCACUACAAGUUCAAUCCGGAAAAUCACCAGAGGCUUUUCGAUACAGUGAGCGAUGAAAACUGGCAAUUUAGACCGUACAUCACCAAACCUAUUUGCUGUUUGCUCAUUUUCGCUAUUUAUCAGUCUUCUAAAAAUGCAAAAAUUGCCGACAUAACGGGACUUACUUCUUUGAUGGAAGCGUACGGUUUUGCAAUGGCCACUCAAUUCUGCAAAAGACAAAAACUUGACAUAAUUGGAUUGGAGUUCCCUGAAGAAGUUGUGAGAGCAAUUGACCAGCUAAGUACAUUUGCAUUUAGAACCAUGAAUGACGAGGAAUAUGCAUUUACUGAAGAGGACAUUCACAAAGAUACUCAGAAUGCUAUUGUCUUCAAAUUAGGCGCAUUUUUAAAGCUCACGCCGGUGUCCAAAUGGAUGUUCACUUGUAGUUUGAUGCACGACUUCCUAGCAGCUAGACAUUUGUCUGAUUACGUUCUAGAGGAGAUGACCAGCGUCAUCAAAGACCAUCGAAUGACGAAGCAGUCCCGAUAUAACCAGCUGGUCGUGUUCAUGUGUGGUUUGUACAGAAACGAUCACGACACUUUGGUCAUUCGUCAGCUUUUCUCAGAAAUGGCGAUCCAGAAUAUUCGACACACGCGGGUCGAGAGCGAGGAUUCUAACGCAUCAUACGAAGAAGUAAGACCGUUGCGGCCUCCAAGCGGAAGAUUCCACGAUUUUGCACAAAGCCUUGAAAGCUUGGCGGAAGCCAAAUUUAGAGAAGAUGGUAUUGAAGUGAUUGCGCAGUCAUUUCCACCGCGAACAGUUAUCAAACGAGAAGGACUGUUACCGUACAGAAGUCUUCUAUCUCUUCCGCAAAUUAUGCUCCAUGACACAAAUCGCAUAACUCAUCUAGAAAUAUACCUCAUCCCCGUAUUUAUCAGUCAGAUCCAACUCUACACCGACUUUGCCGAAGGAAUUGCCAAAAGCAAAGUCCUUACGCAUCUGAAACUGUUCUGGAGUUCCAUGGAUGUGAUGGCUAGAUUCUUGAACGCAUUUAUGGAACAGACGACAUUCGUAGAGUGUGUUACACUGCAGGAUGCUUGUAAAAAACCGACGAAGCAAAUUUCCGCUGCAACUUGGGCGACGUUGCAAAAUGCUUGUCAGAACAUGACAAAAUGUAAAAAAUUCGCCUAUUUGCAGGGUAAAGUAGCAGCAAUUGCUUAUUUUGUCCUUCAACAUCUUCCAGACACCAUUCAAGAGCUAGAUUUUUCAGGUUGUGUGCUCAACAUGAUGUGCGCUUCGGAACUGAGUGCAAAAGUAGAACAUUCUGCAUCGUUGACAGUUCUCGACAUUAGCCAAACGAGUUUAUUCGGAUCGGAGUUCGUUGCCGUGCUUCAGGGACUGAAAUUAAGCAAUACUAUGAAAAUUCUGAAACUCAGAGGUGCAAAACUUGAUCGAGUUGGUGUCAUUACCUUAGCUGAAUGUCUGAAACUAACGCGAACCUUGCAGGUGUUAGAUUUGAGUUAUUGCGAGCUUACCACAGAUAUGUGCAAAACACUUACGGACGCAAUCGCCGAAAACCAUAGUCUUCGAAAACUGGUGCUCAAAAACACAAAAGUGACCAUUGAGGGCAGACAAGCAAUAAACAACCCAAGGCUGGAUCAACUCACAGUUGUCGGACUUGAGGAUAUAGUUUACGCUUUGCAAGCCGUAAAUGUUGCUUAGAUAGGGAUCGACUUAUAGUGACGUAAAAUGUGCAUAGAUGUAUGAUUCGACUUAUAUUGUGAACGGAAAUUAGAAUAGUUAGUGAAUAAUUGUUAAUCUUUCGUUCGUAUUUCAUGUAGUUCAUAUUCAUAAAAAUACGUCUUUUAAAGAUAUUUAAUGUAGUUUUACACCAAAAAAUUAUCAUAUUUAUUUGUAGUGAAAUGGAAAAUACUUUUUCUGACUGAACUAAAACGAGAGAAACAUGCAUGACAAAACAGACAAACAAUAAUUGUUUCUGAGUAAUCGUGUGCAAACUAUUUAUUUAACAUUAAAAAAAACCAAUGUGAUGGGCAAAUCUGUGAUAAAUCUUAAAGUUUAUUUUUAUAAUUUUAUAAUUUUUUAUUUUAUAUGCUAUUUAUAAUAAAGUAUUAUUAAAAUAUCUA